AUGAGUUUGAAAGCAUUUUUGAAUACUUUGAAGAAGGAAAAACCUUUGAAAUGGGUGACUGGUAACCAAUCAGCGGAUAUGGAUUCAGUUAUUUGUUCCAUAACUUAUUGUUAUUUCAAUUAUAAAUAUGAUUCAUCAAUUUGUUUCCCUUUGAUCAAUAUCCCCAGACAAGAUUUUAGAUUGAGAAGAGAUAUUAAUGUAGUGUUGAAUCAAUUCGGGGUUACUGAAGAUUUAUUGUAUUUUAUAGAAGAUUUUGAAAAACUUAAUACCGAGAAGGUUAAUGUUUCAUUGGUGGACCAUUGUAAUUUACAAGGUGAUACUUUGAUUAAUGCUUAUAAGAAAGAUAUGAUCUCAGUUGAUUCGAUCAUAGACCAUCAUGCUGAUGAAAAUGUUUUCCUUGAUGCUAAGCCCAGAAUAAUCACUCCUUCAGGGUCUUGCUCUUCAUUAGUAUUCAAUUACUGGUAUGCCAAAGUUCAAAAUAUAGAAUCAGAAAUUAUAGAUUUAUUAUUGGCACCUUUAUUGAUCGAUACUUCAAACAUGACUUCUAAGGUUGAGACUUCUGAUGUAGAAGCUUUUGAUAAAUACAGAAAUUUGACUGGUCAUCCAGAUAUCAAUGGAUUCUUCAAAACCAUCAAAACUGCUAAAAAAGAUUUGGCUGGUUUCAAAGUCAAUGAAAUCUUGAGGAAAGAUUAUAAGCAAUUUACUUUCAGUGAUAAAGUUAUAGGUUUUAGUUCCAUAGGUAAAAGUGCUGAUUGGAUAUUUAAAAACUACACCAAUGAUGAAAUAAUUGAAGGAAUGGAUAAUGUGGUUAAUUUCUUCAAGUUAGAUUUAUUGAUCAUCACCCCAUCAUACACUGAUAAGUCAGGCAAUUAUCGUAGAGAAUUCUUGAUGUAUCACAAACAAGGAUUUGAGGAUUUGGUUGCCAAAUGUACAGGUUUAGAAUUGAAUGAUGAUGUUUACAAUAUCGAUAGUUACAAAGAAAAGUUAGAACAAGUUGGGUUAAGAAUUAAAAACCAAGGAAAUUUAGCAGCUUCAAGAAAACAAAUCGUUCCUGAAGUCCAAAAAGCUUUAUUGUAA